AUGGAAAAUUCACUUAGGCACCGUUUGAAAGAACGUCGCGACCGCCUAGCGAUGAGGUUGGACGCCAUAGAAACCGAAUGUACAACUGGCAUACUAGAAUCUAGGAUUAAACAGUACGCAUCCGAAUUGAAGGACCUAGCAGACAAACUGGAUACAGAAAGCAAGUUCUAUUUGACUACAUCAAAAUCCAUAGAUGAAGAUGUAAUCAAAGACUGUAUGGAUGUACAGCUUAGAUGUAAGGAUACCAUAUUGACUUUGCAAAAUACACCAACCACCUCUUACUGCAGCACUAAAUUGCCUAAGCUUGAACUCUUAAAGUUCGAUGGGAAUAUGACAAAAUGGUUUGAGUUCUGGGACAAAUUCGAGGCAAACAUAGACCUCAAGCCCUUGCCCGAGGCAAAUAAAUUUUCAUAUCUGUAUGGAUGUCUUAAAGGAGAGGCCUUGAAAGCUAUAGCAGGGCUCACCAUUACUAAUGAUAACUACUCAGUUGCGCUAGAUGCUAUUGAAACCCACCUGAGGGUGUUGAAGACUCUUGGUGAAAAUAUAGAAGGAAACCACCUCAGAGUGACUAUUAAUGAGAAAUUCCCGGAUCAGGUCAUGUAUCAAGUCAACCUUCGUGUGGGAAAAGAACCGACUGUGGCACAGGUACGAGAAACACUAGAAUUGGUUAUAUCAGCUAUGGAAAAGUCUGGAAUGGCAGGGACUAUGCAAGAACUUGAUGAGAAGAUAACUAUAGGUGUUACAACAGAGGCUCUUCAUACGAAGGUUCAAACAUUGAAGUCAAAAAAGGAACCUAUGAACUAUAUACGAAAGGGCACAAAAAGAUUUAGCAAUGACAAUGACAACUCGCAUUCUCUACCUACUAAGAGGCAGAAGAGAGAUAGACCUUGUCUGUUUUGUGACCUGUUAAACCACAAGAGUGAAGACUGUCGGCGAGUUAAAACAAUCAAAGCAAGACAAGAUAAAAUUAGAGAGGCUGGCAGAUGUCGUAAAUUGUCUAUCAAAGCAACAUAA